AUGACCUGUGCGGUCAAAUGUGAAGCGCAAGAGUCGGGUGUGUGUGGAGGAUUCACGUACCACACGAACGGUACUUGUCAGCUGUACAACACGGGAGAUGAACUUCGUUCGGAGGACACCAGCUUGGGGCAGCAAACCUUCCGGAAAGUUCAUCUGAUUACUGAGAGCUCUACCGUGUCAUGCGCCUGUCCGGCCGACUUCAGCCGCUGUGCCGGCCGCUGUCUGAUCCGACCCCCUCAGGAGCUCAACUUCACCGAAGCUAAAGCCGCCUGCGUCUCGCUGGGCGCCCACCUGGCCGUGCCCCGCUCUGCAGAGGAGAACCAAUGCGUUCUGACCAUGGCGGCUGGAGUGAACAUCUGGAUCGGACUAUCGGAGCAUAGCGAGGACGGACUGUUCGUGGCAGAGGACGGAGGAGAGCCAGUGACCCUGGGCAGCCCCUUCUGGAGUACCGGAGAGCCCAACUCUGCUCUCUCAGCUGAUAACUGCGUGCAGAUCUGGUCUGCGAGUCAGGCUUGGGACGACACUUACUGCAGUGCGCAGAUGGCAUUCGUGUGUCAGCUCCCGGCCUGGUACAAACCCGAGUGUCACUGAGC